AGGCCGGCCUUCCUUCUCAGCUCGGUGGAGGGCCGGCAGCCGACUUUCUCCACAAGCUGCGCGAGGUGCUCAAAGAACAGGCGGCUGAGGCAAAAAAGAGUGAUUUCGGAAAGGAAACUGACACGCUAUUUUGUGGAUCACCGGAAAGUGCGUGUGGUUGGAGGACAUGGAGGAGAAGGAGGCCGUUCUUUUUACAGUGAACCCAGAAAAAUAUUUGGCGGUCCUGAUGGUGGAAAUGGAGGUGAUGGGGGUCAUGUCAUUUUGAAAGCUGACCAGCAAACGAAAUCGCUUUCUUCAGUCCUCCCCUUCUAUCAGGGUUUUCAUGGAGAGAGAGGAGGAAGUAAAAACUGUUACGGAGCUAAUGGUGCAUAUGUGUAUGUUAAAGUUCCUAUAGGUACAUUGGUUAAGGAGGAAGGGAAAGUUGUGGCUGACCUCACUCAACAUGGUGAAGAGUAUGUUGCAGCUUAUGGAGGAGCUGGAGGGAAAGGUAAUCGCUUUUUUCUUUCCAAUGAAAACCGAGCUCCAACAUUAUUUACACCAGGAGAACCAGGUCAGGAAAGGGUCCUCCAUCUGGAACUCAAGACAACAGCUCAUGCAGGAUUGGUGGGCUUUCCCAAUGCCGGUAAAUCAUCGCUUUUGAGAGCAAUCUCCAAUGCAAAGCCAGCAGUGGCUGCCUACCCAUUCACAACCCUAAAUCCCCACGUCGGCAUUGUACACUAUCAAGACUAUGAACAAGUAGCAGUUGCUGACAUUCCGGGCCUAAUAAAAGGUGCUCAUCAAAACAGGGGCCUCGGGAUGGCCUUCCUAAGGCAUAUCGAACGCUGCCGCUUUCUCUUGUAUGUGGUGGAUCUCUCUGUGUCUCAGCCAUGGAUUCAGCUGCAAGACUUAAAAUAUGAACUGGAACAAUAUGAAAGAGGAUUGUCUGAGAGGCCUUGUGUUGUCAUUGGGAAUAAGAUUGACCUUGCUGAGUCCAAGAUCAAUCUGCCACUCCUUAAAGAACAGAUAGAUGAACGAGUCAUUGCAUUGUCUGCAUUGACAGGGGACAACCUGGAGGAACUGUUCUUGCAUUUGAGAGAACUGUAUGACUCUUACGUGAAGACAGAACAAUCACGAGGGCAAAGCCCAGUCAAGUGGUAGAACCAGAACUACUGUGAACUGUACUGGAAGGAAGGAAAA